UGGGCGGGGCCGCGGUGGGCCGAGCUCCGCGCUGCCUGCAGCUGAGCACUUCCGCCGGGGGGUCAGGUUUCCCCCAUCUCUCCGUCACUCGGCAUUUAAAUUGGGCUGCAGGAUAUCAGCUGCCGACCCACUCAGCUCCGCACCAAGGCGGCAGAGAGAAACAAAAAUAAAAACUAACGCUUAGCGUCAGCUGAAACCGUCAGCUUCGCGUCUUGCUUUUCGGCUCGAGAGCUGCGGGAGCACCUUGCGGAGCCCGGAGAGGUUCGGGCUGCUUUGUGGGAGCAGGAGAGGCUGAACACAAAUAGCGGUGGAUGCGCACUUGCCAGCAGCUGCUCGGUGCGUCGUUCCUGGGACCGCUCUGCAGUUUAGUGGACCAGACCGGACGGCGGUAACGGUGCGCAGAGGAGCUGCGCUCUUCCCCUUUGUUUACUGAUCCAGAUUAGUAAACAAAAACAAAAUCCAUUCAGAGGUAGCAAUGGUGGCCUGGAGCUGCGCGGACCAAUGAGCCCGAGCAGUGAAGUGCGUUUGAAUCUUAAUAUAUAGAUAUCGCUAUUUGGUUUGGUUCUUUUAGUUGUAGACGUGAGCGCAGAAUAAAACAGCCUCCUAAUUGUAGGAUCAACUUUAUCCAGUGCAGGUUAAAUCAUUUUUUAUUUACUUGAUAGUUGCGUGGCUUACAUUAUAUUCAAUUUGGAUUGGUAUUGUAAGUUUAGUGUUUAUCCUUUUUUAGUUUAAGCAGUUUCUUUUAAAAACAUAGUAAAAAAAACUUAGCUUCAUGUAAUUUUUUUAUCAUAUAUGCAGAAAUAUCUCACUUAAUGCCCAAUUUCUUCUGGUCCAAUCAACAUUUCUGAUUCUUCAGUAGGUCAAACUGCAGCCAUGUUCAGCUGGCUUGGGACCGACGACCGGAGGAAGAAGGAGCCGGAGGUCUUUCAGACGGUCAGUGAGGGACUGAAAAAACUCUACAAAACCAAACUCCUGCCGCUGGAGGAGAGCUACAAGUUCCACGAGUUUCACUCUCCGGCCCUGGAGGAUGCUGACUUCGACAACAAGCCCAUGGUCCUACUGGUGGGGCAGUACUCCACCGGAAAGACGAGCUUCAUCCGCUACCUGCUGGAGCAGGAUUUUCCUGGAAUGCGGAUUGGCCCAGAGCCCACCACGGAUUCUUUCAUCGCGGUGAUGCACGGCGACACCGAAGGAGUCAUCCCCGGCAACGCUUUGGUGGUCGACCCCAAGAAGCCCUUCAGAAAGUUGAACGCGUUUGGGAACGCUUUCCUGAACAGGUUUGUGUGCGCCCAGCUACCUAACCCCGUGCUGGAAAGCAUUAGUGUGAUCGACACGCCAGGAAUUCUGUCUGGAGAGAAACAGAGAAUAAGUCGCGGCUACGACUUUGCUGCUGUCCUCGAGUGGUUUGCAGAGCGUGUGGACAGGAUCAUAUUGCUGUUCGAUGCCCACAAACUGGACAUCUCUGACGAGUUCUCGGAAGUGAUAAAGGCCUUGAAGAACCACGAAGACAAGAUCAGAGUUGUGCUGAACAAGGCGGAUCAGAUCGAGACCCAGCAGUUGAUGAGAGUGUACGGCGCCUUGAUGUGGUCACUGGGUAAAAUAGUCAACACCCCCGAGGUGAUCCGCGUCUAUAUCGGCUCAUUUUGGUCUCACCCGCUGCUGAUCCCCGACAACAGGAAGCUGUUUGAAGCAGAGGAGCAGGAUUUAUUUAAGGACAUUCAGUCUUUACCCAGAAAUGCAGCACUUAGGAAACUCAACGACUUGAUCAAGAGAGCAAGACUAGCCAAGGUCCACGCCUUCAUCAUCAGCUCUCUGAAGAAAGAGAUGCCGUCUGUGUUCGGGAAGGACAACAAGAAGAAGGAGCUGAUCGCCAGUCUGGGAGACAUUUACAAGCGCAUCGAGAGAGAGCAUCAGAUAUCCCCCGGAGACUUUCCCAACCUGAAGAAGAUGCAGGACCAGCUCCAAGCUCAGGACCUCACCAAGUUCCAGCCUCUCAAGCCCAAACUUCUGGAGGCGGUCGAUGACAUGCUGGCCAGUGACAUUGCUGGCUUGAUGGUCUUGGUUCGCCAAGAGGAAAACCAGAAGCCCAACCCUGUGGUGAAGGGCGGCGCGUUCGACGGCACGCUGCACGGUCCGUUUGGGCACGGAUACGGGGAGGGAGCCGGCGAAGGCAUCGAUGAGGCCGAGUGGGUGGUCGCUCGGGACAAACCCGCGUACGACGAGAUCUUCUACACCCUCUCUCCCGUCAACGGAAAGGUGACUGGGGCCAAUGCGAAGAAGGAGAUGGUGAAGUCAAAACUGCCCAAUACGGUGCUGGGAAAGAUCUGGAAGCUGGCGGAUAUCGACAAGGACGGGAUGCUGGAUGACGAGGAGUUUGCUCUGGCUAAUCACCUGAUUAAGGUGAAACUGGAGGGACACGAGCUGCCGUCGGAGCUGCCCGCACACCUGGUGCCUCCUUCCAAGAGGAAAAUAGUCGAGUGAAUGGGAGAUGAGCUUCAUCCCCAGAGAGAACUGUAACUGGAGCACUUAAACAUGCAAAUCCCCCCCCCCAACAAAAGUCAUACAACUUCAUCGUCCAGUCGUGUUGUUUCCAUUAUUUCAAAGUCUGAAGUCUUAAUUCAAAGCAUUGAAAGCUCCAUCAAAUUGAAACUAAUUAAUAUCAACAGAUUUUUAGCACACUCAAUUAAAUAGUUGUCUUACCAUAUGAAAGAGAAACUUGACAAUUUUGUUAAAUUUCACCUGCAAAUGUUUCCAACACCCCUGAAAGCUUUUAUUAGCUCUAUAAAAAGCAGCUAAUACAUACAGUAAAGUAGAUGUUACAUCUGCAAGUAAAGAUAAUGGGUAAUAAAUAAAACAUGAGCACUGGACGGCAGAAAAUAUAACAGGGAGAUAAAUGUUAUUCUUUUUUUGCUUUUUCCUUUACUCUGCUAUAUUAAAUCAAACUAAAGAACAGUAUUUCACACGCAGUGCUUGUUCUGUCAAUUCCUGCGUUAUUUUUAGUUCUCCAGGCAUGGAUGAAUUGUCUGGUCUUUGUUUAACGGUGACAUAAAUAGUUAGGAAGGUGUCCUGGAAGACAGAAGAAUAUUUAAAAGCAACAACGACCCAAGUGAAUAAAGUUAAAUUCCUUAUCUUUAUGAUUUAACGAAGCAACGGGAGCAGCCUUUUCAUUGAGUUAUUAAAAUAUAUGGAUUAAAGAAGACCAAUUUAGUUGUUUUGUGUCUAUUUUCUGAUUUUUUUCAAACCGUUUUGAAUCUCAUUAACAUGUCUGAUACUGUGACCAUAUUAACAAUCUAUAUUAUAUGUUUUGUUUGAACAGAGACUUUGAAUAUUGAAUGUGCAGACGCUUGUUAUUUCUCUGUAGAUUUGUCUCAUCCACACAUGUGUCUAGUUGAACACAUGUAUCAGUGUUCAUGUUCGUGGAUUCAUUUAUCAUCUCACAAGCUACUGAGAUGGGAAACUUCCAGUGGAUUAUUCUGAAAACGGUCCAAUAACAGCCUAAGCGAACUAGUGUCGGCUAAUUUUGUACCAAACAUAAUUGAAAGGGUUUUUAAAGUUACUCUUGUUGGUAGACUUUACUUUCUGUUUCCUGUAUUUAAACGAAACAAAGAACAUGCUUUACAGUAUUUCUAACAUGUUACUUUAGCAUUAGCGAUUAUUAUAGGUAUUCAUAGGUGCUGAUUGCUCUAUAAUGAGAUGAGACGCCCACAUUAGAAAUUACUCCAAUUAAUCCAGAAAUCUUAAAUAACUGGUUAUUUCCAUGUUUUAAUUUUGUUUAAUUUUUAUUUCUCAGCUUCUAUCGUGACCUGAAUGUGUAAAUGCAAAACUUAUACUAACUAGAUUUAAAAUUAUAUUAAUUUUCUUUUUAAUGUCACAAGAAGUUUGCUUCUGAUUGGAGUUGAGGCAGACACCUCUCAGAAGAUAAAACGAUAUAGCAGAGUCAGUUUUCACACAAAAAACGCAUUUCUUUUGUUCGCAGUUUGAUUAGAAAGUGGCAUGUCAAACAUUUUUAACAAUUAAUGGACAAAUCUUUAUUAGCAGUACGCCUAUCAAGCCCAUCUGGGAAUUGCCAACCAGCUUUUUGCUGGUUUCCACUGGCAUUUUUAAACUUUGUGUUUGGUGAUGAGCUCCAAGGCUUUGAGCUCAGAAGGCCUCCAUGCCAUCACCCUAAUCUCCACCGUCCUCCACAGAUUCUUCUUCAAAUUCCCUGGACUGGGACACUAAAAUAAUUUAUUACUCCAGAAGAUAAAAGAUGACUUGAAACCUAAACCUGCCUGAGGAACAGAGGCAUGAACAAUUUCAGGCUGAACUGUGCAUGAAAAGACCAUCUGCAUUUCAGUCAUUCUUGUUGGAAAGGUUUAGACCAGAGAUCCGACUGGCCACACCUUUUUGCUCCUUUUUUGUAGUCCUGGUUUCUUAUCCUGUCAUGAUCAUACUGCCAAGAUAGCAUAUUGCUUACUGAGACGUUUGUGCAACAAUACAUAAAUACUCUGUAUUGUUCUAUUAGUCUCCAGAUUUGUUAAAACUCCGACAUCAUUUACGGUAGGUUCAGACAGUUAUUUUUUCUCACCGGCCUCUUCUGAAAAUGCUUUGGAAAAUAAUCAACAGCAUGCUGUACUCAUUACCUCCCCGUAUUUCAUCAUAUGGUUCAGUCGGUUCAUUUGAAAGUGGAAAAGACGUUUGGUGAAUGUGGAGUGCAAAACCCCUUUACUGGUGUGUGGUUUUCACGUGUUCACAGAUUGCAACAUGAAAUGUGUGUUUUCUGUUUCUCUGAUGGUGAUGCGUUGCUUAAAUGUGUACUUCACUGCUUCUCUGUUUUCAGAAACAGUUCAAACAUGAAAUAAAAAAAAAUCAUAUUUGA